AAAAGCGGCAAAAAAUAAAAUAAUAAAAAAAAUAAUUCGAUACGCGCCGCAGUUUCAACAACGUUACUCUUCAUUCUCAAUGGUAGCAGCAGCAAACCCAAAACGACAGAACGAGAAUGAGUCGUCAAAGGCCUCAGACGAUAUUGAAGUGUCAGUUGAACCAUUUAACCCUGCAACGUCCUUGAAGAAGCGCAAAACUGGAGAUCCCAACCUUGCCAAAUCGGCCUUCGAAGACACAUUGCACAACUUUGCCGAAGCUGACGAGCAGAGCAGCACUUUGGAGAAUUCGGAGAGAGCAUGGGCACGACGUCCACCACCGAAGCUUAACCCUGCCACAGACAAAUUAGUAUUUCAGCAAAUUGAAGCGGAUGAAUAUAUAGACUACACGUUAAAUCGACCCGUCGUUAGAUUCUUCGGCGUAACAAAAGACGGUAAUAGUGUAUUGUGCCAUGUACAUGGUUUCCUACCUUACUUCUAUGUUCCUGCGCCCGUUGGAUUUCUACCUACACACGUAGAGUCUCUAAAGCGCAUACUUACUUCAUCCCUGGGCAUAACCGGCAGCAUUGUCAAUGUUGAAAUAUGUCUCAAGCAAAGUAUAUACGGUUAUCAUGGAGAUUCCAAAUCACCAUUCAUCAAAAUCACUGUCAACGAACCAAAGACAAUUGCUAAAGCCAGAGCGAAGUUUGAAACAGGACUCACUGUGCCCGGCUACGAUAAGCCUGUUAUUGCAGAAACCACCUAUGAGAGCAAUCUGGCCUAUCUUUUACGUUUUAUGAUUGACUGCAAGGUCACUGGAUCAAACUGGAUCGAAUUACCGGCCGGAACCUACUCUAUGAGGCAAAAUACCGUGUCGCACGCCCAGAUCGAAGUUGACAUUCUUCAUGACAAGUUUAUCAGCCAUCCUACGGAAAGCGAGUGGAGUGACAUUGCUCCGCUACGAGUUCUCAGCUUUGAUAUCGAGUGUGCUGGACGCAAGGGUAUUUUCCCAGAACCAGAAGUGGAUCCAGUCAUUCAGAUUGCCACAGUUGUGAAAAUACAAGGCGAAACAAAACCAUUCAUUCGCAACGUGUUUACUCUAAACUCUUGUGCUCAUAUUGUCGGAACACAUACUCUUGAAUUCUAUGACGAAAAAGAGCUACUACAAAAGUGGAGAGACUUUGUAAUUGAGAUUGACCCAGAUGUCGUUGUAGGCUAUAACACUAGCAACUUCGAUUUCCCAUAUCUGCUGGACAGAGCAAAGCAUCUAGGCGUCGACAAAUUCCCUUUUCUUGGUCGCAUUCGAGGCGUGAAGACAGAAGCCAAGGAUACGAAGUUUUCAUCCAAGGCAUAUGGCACGCGUGAGAAUAAGGCAAUCAACAUGGAAGGAAGACUGCAGCUUGACAUGCUGCAGGUUAUGCAACGUGACUACAAGCUUCGUUCAUAUACAUUGAAUUCUGUUUGUGCACAAUUUUUAGGCGAACAAAAAGAAGACGUACAUCAUUCCAUCAUUACAGACCUGCAAAAUGGUAAUGCUGAAACUCGAAGAAGAUUAGCAGUAUACUGUUUGAAGGAUGCGUAUCUUCCUCUGCGGCUGAUGGACAAGCUGAUGUGUUUAUACAACUAUACUGAAAUGGCUCGUGUAACGGGUAUUCCUUUCAACUAUGUGCUAGUACGUGGACAGCAGAUCAAGGUCAUAUCUCAGCUGUAUAGAAAGGCAUUGGAGCAAGAUUUGGUUAUCCCCGCCAUUCGUACUGAGAUGGGCGAUGAACAAUAUGAAGGUGCAACUGUCAUUGAGCCAACUAAAGGAUACUACGACGUUCCAAUUGCCACACUGGAUUUCAGCUCCCUGUAUCCAUCCAUUAUGCAAGCUCAUAAUUUGUGCUAUACCACACUGGUAUCUUCUAGUACAAUUGAAAAACUUAAUUUAGUCAAAGAUGAAGACUACAUAAUUACACCAAACAAUGAUUUCUUCGUCAAGUCAAAUCGGCGGCCUGGACUCCUUCCUGAAAUUCUGACAGAACUCCUUGCAGCACGUAAAAGAGCCAAGGCAGAUUUAAAAAAGGAAACAGAUCCAUUCAAGCGAGCUGUGUUAGACGGUAGACAGCUCGCGUUAAAGAUCAGUGCAAACUCUGUUUAUGGUUUCACAGGUGCAACGAUUGGAAAGCUGCCAUGUUUGCAAAUUUCGUCAAGUACAACAGCUUACGGUAGACAGAUGAUCAUGAAAACUAAACAAGUUGUCGAAGAUACCUUUAACAUCAAAAAUGGAUAUAAGCAUGAUGCGCAAGUUAUUUAUGGAGAUACCGAUUCGGUCAUGAUCAAGUUUGGCGUCGAUAACUUGGAAGAAGCUAUGGAGCUUGGAACCAUUGCUUCACAGCUUGUGACUAAAGAGUUUAUUCGGCCCAUCAAUUUGGAGUUUGAAAAAGUUUACUUCCCAUAUCUUCUCAUCAACAAGAAACGAUAUGCUGGUCUGUACUGGACAAACCCGAAAAAGUAUGAUAAACUUGAUUCAAAGGGUAUUGAGACCGUAAGAAGAGAUAAUUGUCGAUUGGUACAAACUGUGAUCGAAACAUGCUUGCAUAAACUCCUCAUUGAUCGAGAUGUUAACGGAGCUCAAGAGUUCGUCAAGCGGACCAUCGCGGACCUGUUACAAAACAAGGUCGAUCUUUCAAAUCUCGUUAUCACUAAAGCCCUCAGUAAAUCCGACUAUGCAGGAAAACAAGCUCACGUUGAACUAGCUGAACGUAUGCGUCAACGUGAUGCAGGGUCCGCGCCAGCUCUUGGAGAUCGUGUUGCAUAUGUUAUUAUAAAAGGCGCUAAAGGCGCUGCUGCGUACGAGAAAUCAGAAGAUCCUAUAUACGUUCUAGAGAACAAUAUACCAAUUGAUACGAAAUACUAUCUGGAUAACCAACUUUCCAAGCCUUUGAUGAGAAUCUUCGAACCCAUCUUGGGUGAUAAAGCGGAAUCACUUCUUGCUGGAGAACACACUCGCACGGUGAAUAUCUCAACUCCAACCGUUGGUGGUCUUAUGAAGUUUACAGUUAAGACCGCCACUUGCAUGGGAUGUAAGACCCCUCUUCCUAAAGAUAAUUCUGCAGUCUGCAAGCAUUGUCGAUCGCGUGUAGGAGAACUGUAUCAAAAGCAACUUUCUGCGGUGAAUGAUCUUGAAAUCCGCUUCUCAAGGCUGUGGACGCAGUGUCAGCGAUGCCAAGGAUCACUUCACCAAGAUGUUCUUUGCACUAGUAAAGACUGUCCCAUUUUUUAUAUGCGUAAGAAAGUACAGAAAGACAUGCAAGACUCAGCUGGGGCUUUGAAUCGUUUCAACUAUGACUGGUAAAAAUACCAAUCAGCUCACCGCACAGAUUGUGCCCGGUGUGACUGCGCAAUAAACUGAACCACUUCUACUUUUUUCACUCUUGGC